AGGAUCUGUGGAGACUGGGCAUUGAAGCCUAGGAACCGGCACUCACUAACAAGGGCGUGCUUCAGCGUAGUGUCCGGCUAGCCACCUGAAGUGUCGACACAGCGUGACAUUCUUUGAUCGCUCGUCUUUCGCUGGCGUCGGGGCAUAUUUCAGACAGCGAGGGAAGAAGGAACUAACCCCUGUGUGACCAGCGAGAUGGAGGUCGAGCAGCAGCCAGUGGGUGACCCCGCGGGCGCCACAGGAGGCACGGCGCCGGGCUUCGACGCCUUCCUGCAGACGGGUCGCACGGGGCGUCGUAACGCCCUCCCCGACAUUCUCGAGGAGGGCGCCACUAACGUCAGCACCGCGUCCCUGCCCUGCUCCUUCCAGAAGCUCUCGUGCAGCGACCCGUCAGCAAGCACCAACUCCGCCGACUCGUCAGCGGGCAAGCCUUCGACGUCGGAGGGUCCACCAAAGUCCUAGUGUGCCUGCCCCUUGAACACAGGAACUAAGGUGUCUGUGUUGGUGAAAAAAAUGUUGUUCCCCAUGAACUGGCCCUACGGCCAGGGCUUCUUCAAGAAGUCCUCAGCCACACCCACACGGCGGGACGGCCCUCGCCGAAAUUCUCAUUGGCACGGAUCGCUACUAGCGUCGCUGUUAUGCCCUUAAUAUUUGCUCUGCACUUCAGUACGAUAUGCCCUUUUGCAGCAGCGUAGCUCGACUGAAAGAGAGAGAAAGAGAUAAAAAAAAUAAGAACAGUAUCUGGACAAAGUGAACCACGCUGUGUGUAUUUCUCAGUGUCAAACGAAUGACACUGCAUGCGAAGGAAUCCAUAUGACACUCUCUGAAAACGGAACUCUGCAAAGCAUGGGGCAAGUCUUUGGGCACUCGUCUUUGUAAACCUCAUUCAUGAGUUCUAGAACUACAGAUCAAAACGCAGAGAUUUUGUGCACGCUUUAAUGUGCACAGCGAGAUAGGCAGCGUGUUGGGCAUACGCCACUGAAGUGUUCGCCUGUGCACCCAACCUUAUUUGUUAAGUGCAGCGUGUUCCCAUCUGAUCCUUUUCUCAUUUCGAAACGACUCGAGUGUGUUGCCUUUCAUUGUUUGCCAGCGUCUGCGUGUAGCUGUCACUGAUUCGUGCGAGUUUCCACGUAUACUGCACCGUUCUCGAAGUUCCUCUCUUCCUCGGCACACAUUCAUGGCAAGGCAGCUCGACCGACACAUCGUACACACUUGCCGCAGAGUGUACCCUUCCUUAAUGCACAUUUAUAUUUAUUUAUUUACUCGUUGUUCGUGACUGAGUGUCGUCAGUAAGCUUACCAACGCGAGCUCUUUGCUUCGGCUAGGCUUUCGGGUCGGACGGCUCCGCCCCUGCACCGCAGCGCAUGAGCAACUCCGAUCGUGCUUACAGAGCCCGAUUCGGCAACUUAGCCUGCUGAAGAAAGCUUUUGUUCUUUCAGUAAGUCGAAUUUAUGCGUAAAUAAAAAAAAAACGAAGGUCUAGCACGCAUGAUAUAAAUGUAUUUGUUCGUACUGUCUCGUGAGUGUUAUUUCGCGAAAGCGCGUGAUCGCGAAACCAAAUCGCGAUGUCUUGUGGCAUUAGUGAUGCGUGGCCGACCUCCUCUAGUGGCGGAAGUGUUGCGCGGGCUGGGGAAGUGGCAGAAAAAGUGAGACGAAAAAAAAUAAGGGAAAAAAACACGCUUGCUUUGAGGUGCUCUUCGUGUACAGAGCUUGUCGAUGGUUCUGGUUGUGUUUUGUACACAGAGAAAUGAGAGAAAUAAACAUUUUUUUC